AUGCCAGAUGAAGUAUUGUGCCAUCGUCUGGGAUUAAUUCCUCUCAAUGUAGACCCCAAGUUGCUUUCGUUCCCCGUGAAAAUACUUCCCGGCACAGAUGAGCUAUCCGAAUUCACCUCCACAGAGCACCUUGUGUUUGAUUUUCAUGUACAGUUCAACAAAAGUGAUGCUAAGCCUCAUUCAAACAAGGCGGGCAAGGACUCUUCCACAGAACCAGCUGUGCCGGCCGUUCAAGAAACUUUUGGAACCACUCCGCCCGCAGUAGUAUCCGACUCGAUUCUCAUCAACAAACUGGCUGUGGGUGAUGAAAUUGAGGCUCGCUGUUUGGCCGUGAAGGGAAUCGGUCGUGAUCACGCCAAGUUCUCUCCUGUCUCCGCGGCCUAUUACAAACUUAUGCCCAUUAUUAAAUUGUUACAGCCCGUCGAGGGUGAGCUGGCCAAAAAAUUACAAGCAUGCUUCGCACCCGGGGUGAUUGGGGUAAAAGAUACCUAUCGAGACGAGGCAAGUAGGUGGUUGAAUGCAUUUCGACAUGGAGAUCUUAUCAUGACUGGAAGGUCAAUGGGUAGAGGUCAGAUGCAGUUCAGCCUCCUGGUCCUCCAGGUUGGGGGUUUGACUAGAAUUGGCGUUUCAGUCGGUGAAAAAUGGUGGAGUAAUUGGGCCUGCGCUUCGUUUCACCCGCUGCCUUGCGGCUAUGUUCUUGUUAGAACUAAAGGCUUGAGUUGA